ACCUUAUUUUAUUGACUUGCCGAAGCUUUUUUGUCAACUCCAAUUUAGCUUCCCCACCUCAUUUACCGCCAGUUGAGAUUCCCGUGUCUAUCGCCACUACGCCCCUUCACACGCAACACUGCCACUGGUGCCAGCCAUAUGCUUUGUUGUAGAAUGGUUUAGUGCUUGCAAAUUUCCAUCUUCCCCUUCAUUUCGGUGAAAAGAAGCAACGGUGACCUUUUUUAUGGAGAAAAGAAGUAAUUAAUAAAUAAUAAUACUACUAAUUAUCUAUCACCUGCAACUCAUUACGGCGUAAAAGUAAUAAAUAAAGAUAUCUUAUGGAGUACUUUCUUUUUACCACCCCGGCCUCCUUUUUAAUUUAUUGGGUUUAAAUGCUCAUAAAGGGUGUGCUUUUCUCUCUAUUGAUUCCAAAGAUAUGAGCUUUAACUCGAUGCACGACUCCAACACUACGAUCAAGAAGAGCCCAUCUUGUUUCAGGGAGAAUUGAGUUGAAAAACUAAAGAAUUAUGCAUGGACCUAGCCGCCUGAGCAACGAGGUGGGUACUUUAUCUCCUCCGUCGUCACCCCGCCACCGUGGUGGCCGCGGCAGGAGCACCAGCCCUGCUGCCACUGGUAGAUUAGGCGUUGGCGCGGGUAGUAUUCGCAGUAGUGGUGGUAGGAGGUUGCAGCUGAAGAAUGUGGUGGAAAGGUUGGGGUAUCUGUUAGUUUCAUCAAUGUAUAGAAGAAGAGCGGUACUUUUGUUUGCUCCAUUGUUGUACGCCUCUGCGUUGCUUUUGUAUAUGGGUGCAGUGGGCUUUGAUGCUGUAAAUAAUGGUAGUGGCAGUAGCGGUGGUGAUGCCGUGGGGCCAGGUUCAGUAUACCGGAGUCCUGAAGUUUUUGAGAAGCUUUGGCCUUUUAUGGAAGCUGAAGGCAAUCGAAGCUCCAACCUGCUGACGAAUGUCUGGAGUCCGAAAUCGCGGCAAGGGUGGAGACCUUGCAUCACACAGACAGUUGCCAAAGCAGGAGCGACAGAGCUUCCAAGGUCGAAUGGCUACCUAAUAAUUGAAGCAAAUGGUGGGUUGAACCAACAAAGAUUGUCGAUAUGUGAUGCGGUGGCAGUAGCAGGCUUGCUGAAUGCUACCCUUGUUAUUCCCAUAUUUCAUUUAAAUAGUGUUUGGAAAGAUUCCAGCAAGUUCGGUGACAUUUUUGAUGAGGAAUUCUUCAUAUAUGCACUCAGAAAUCAUGUUAAUGUGAUUAGAGAACUUCCCGAAGAUAUUCUCCAGCAAUUCGACAACAAUAUAAGCAACAUAAUAAAUCUUAGAGUUAAAGCAUGGUCCAGCCACACCCACUAUCUUCGAAAGGUUCUACCAAGGCUGAUGGAGUUGAAGGCUGUCCGCAUUGCACCUUUCUCUAACCGAUUGGCUCAUGCAGUUCCUCCAUAUAUCCAAGGGCUUCGGUGUCUCUGCAACUUUGAGGCACUUCGGUUUUCAGACCCCAUAAGGUUGCUAGCUGCAAAAAUGGUGGAUAGGAUGGUUAAAAAUAGUUCCAAAAGCAGUGGGAAAUAUGUGUCUGUACACCUCCGAUUUGAAGAGGAUAUGGUUGCAUUUUCGUGUUGUAUAUAUGAUGGUGGUGAUGAAGAAAAGCAUGAGAUGGAUAUCGUUCGAGAAAGAAGUUGGAGGGGAAAAUUCCGGAAAAAAGGCAGACUAAUAAGACCGGGUGCCAAUCGUGUCAAUGGGAAAUGUCCCUUGACUCCACUCGAGGUCGGAAUGAUGCUUAGGGGCAUGGGAUUUGAUAACAACACCUCUCUAUAUGUUGCUGCCGGAAAAAUCUACAAAGUAGAGAAGCAUAUUGCUCCCUUAAAACAGAUGUUUCCUCGUCUAGAAACUAAGGAAACACUCGCCUCCCACGAAGAACUUGCUCCAUUCACAGGCCAUUCGUCAAGAUUGGCAGCUUUGGACUACACAUUUUGCCUCCACAGCGAAGUAUUUGUGACGACGCAGGGUGGCAAUUUUCCCCAUUUCUUGGUGGGUCACCGACGGUAUUUGAACGGAGGACACGCCAAAACAAUAAAACCUGACAAGAGGAAGCUGGCUCAAAUAUUGGAUAAGCCAAAUAUGAGGUGGCAAGACUUUAAACGGCAAAUGCAGGAAAUGCUUCAUCACAGUGAUCUAAAGGGGUUGGAGGUGAGAAAGGCGAGCAGUAGCACUAGCAGCAGCAGCAGCUCCCUCUACAUGCACCCCAUGCCCGACUGCAUGUGUAGAAGAAAAUCUGAAUCCGAAUACACUACUACUGGUAGUAACAGUAACAGGACAAUAUUAUUAUCAUUAUUAUAACUAAUAGAUACAUUACCAUCCCCAUCAAUCUGCAAGCCAGCCCUUAUUUAUUAUAGGGCCAAGGCCAACUUGUUGUAUUGUUGUAUACAUGUAGAACUUUGACACGGUGUCAGCAGCAGCAGCAGUUCUGCCCUGCUCUCUUAAAAAAAAAAAAAAAAGAAGGAUAUCCAGUUUUGCCUUCCCCUGUUUAUGGAAGUUGUGACCACCUUAUUGUAUGCACCAAAGAGAAGAUUGAAUGAAUUGUUGCCACCCUGGCAGAUUAAUCCCAACCCAAACCCAUAUGGAUGGCACUCCAAUCAACUCUAUCUCUGUGGCCCAUCAUCUGAUCAUACACCAACAGUUAGUAAGUAGUGUAUGUGUGUGGAUAACUCUACCAACGUAGACGUUUGUAUGUAUGUAUGUAUAUACAUGAAAGACUAUAAUAUAUAUAUGAGAGAGAGAGAGAGAGAGAGGGAGAGACCCCACGCACAGAGGAGAGAGACGGAGAGAGAGAGCAGAAGGCCAACUGAUCUCUUAAAAGUGUGUACCUACCUACCAAACCCAACCCCACCCACCAAUUAAAGUACCUGUCUUCUCCACUCAACUUGGUCAAAUCCUUCCAUCUUCUCUUUCGGUUUGUUACAAAACCUUCCAAACCACUGCUGCCCAGCCUCGCCACUUCUUAUAUUAUUUCUAUCUGGCCCCCAUCUUCUCACCAUAUCUCUCCAUAUAUAUAUGCAUAAGCCUAUCCUUUCUCUUUCGUUUCUAUCUUGAUCAUCUUAUUCAAUACAGGAAAAUAAAGAAAACAAGUAAAAAGGAAACAAAGGCCACUACUGGGUGCUUGGUUUUGCUGUUGAACAUAUCAACGCCUAUACUGCCAUAGAGUUUUAAAAAGGGGAUUGGAAUUCGGAACCAUGGGAAGGU